AUGGCGCCCAACACCAGGGUCGUCAAGUUCCCCCGCAGUGACGAUGAGUCUACAUCCGUCCUCGUCCAAGUCACAUCCUCCGGCCGCAAGGCGUUGGACCUCAAACUCGUUGCCACCGAAGGAGAGGCGCCAUAUGUGUGCACUUUGAAACAUGACCGGGUAUCAUCACUUCGGUUCAAGAACUGCCCCGUGUCAGAAAAGGAAUGGGAGCAGAUCCUCGAGUCAAUUUUCGAGCAGGAGCUCGUUGCGGACAUUCAGGCGACUGCCACAGUCUCAACUGAUUCGUCCAUCUCAGUGACGGUGCGCAAGCAGGUGCAAGGAAUAACGCAACGAUUGGGCGCCAUCACACUCAACUGCGAUCAGAAAGAGGGCAUCGAGCUCUUCCAGUGGUGCGAAGUAUCUCUCGACGCGCUAGCCCAGGCCAAGCGCGAAGCAGCUUCCAGCAUAGCCAAAGCCCGCGAACUGGAGGCUGCAGUCACGGAGUUGCAGUCCCAACUCGACGAGCUAGUAGAGUCCAAGCAGGAGGACGAGACGUCCUUGCUUCAGAAGUUCCGGGACUUGCUCAACGAGAAAAAGGUCAAGAUCCGGGAGCAGCAAAAGGUCAUUGCCUCUUCGUCCUUCAACGGAGGGCAGCCAUCCUCGCAGUCACCACAAGAAGACGAACAGCCUGCCCGACGUGCGGCCCAAUCGCGCCCUGCGAAGCGGAAAACGCGGGCAUCCAACAACGCAGAAGAUGCGGAUGGAGACGAGGAUGUAGACAUGGUCAAGGAGGAGGCGGAGGACACAGACCCCGGCGAAACGAGUGAGGGCACAGCAUCUACAGCCAGUGUCAACGAUGAGGACAAGGCUGAGCCAGAAGCUGCCCGGAACGCUGCUGGCAGGCAAGACAGCAAGCGACAGCGGACAUCUCCCGAUAAGAAGGCGCAAGAAGCUCCGCCAGCAACACGCCGCUUGCCAUUCGCCAAUAGGAAGGCAAAGGCACCGGCGCCCGCGGCUGCGGGUGACACCGACUCAGACGACGAGCUGUGA